AGAGCGUAACUAGUAAUUCCUUAUUUAAAUUCUGAGAUAUAAAUUCGACGUCACCUUUGGAAAACAAAAUUAAAAAAAAUAGCUAUAAAUUUGUGUGAUACGCCUGCAGUUUUUAUUCUUAGUCUGAGAUCACCGAGGUCUUCCUCGUUCAGUUGUAGCAAAGCACGAAAUGGAGGGGACUGUCUUUACUCCUGCACUGGAAGGAAUUAAGCUUGUAAAAUCGGACCAAGGAGAAAUUCUGACUCAGCCUUUCUUGGAUGCCUGCAAGCAAAUACUGCCUGUUAUAGAUAAGUUUGGAGCUGCUAUGUCCCUCGUUAAAUCUGACAUAGGUGGUAACAUAUCGAGAUUGGAAUCUAAAUAUAACUCCAAUACAACCAGAUUCAACUACUUGUACAGUUUGGUACAAGUAGAGGUUGAAACUAAAACGGCUAAGGCAUCAUCCAGUUGUACCAAUGGACUUCUUUGGCUUACCAGAGCAAUGGAUUUUUUGUUGGCAUUGUUCCAAAACUUAACUGAUCAUGCGGAUUGGACGAUGGCACAAGUCUGUACAGAUUCCUAUAACAAGACUCUAAAGAAGUGGCAUGGCUGGCUUGCUAGUUCAAGCUUCACUGUAGCGAUGAAGCUUGCUCCUGAUAGGAAGAAAUUCAUGGAGGUGAUACAAGGAAGUGGAACUGGUGAUGUUAGGGCCGAGAUGGAGAAAUUUUGUGCUGACUUUUCUCCAAUCCUUGAAGAGAAUCACAAGUUCCUGGCUCGUCUUGGCUUGGAUGAUAUGAAGGCAUCAUGAAGACCUGGUCUCACUCUCAUGUUGAGUCCUUAAAGUCCAUUUUCUUUGUUGGCAUCCAGUCCCAUUCACAUGAUAAAAACUCAAUUACUUUAAUCAUGUUCCGCAAAUUUCUUGUUUUCUGCUUGGUGGUAUAGAAUCUUGAUUUAAGCGUUGUUGAACUCUAGUUUAAUUUCUUAUUAUAAAAACAGUCAUUAUUUUUAGGCUCAAUCUUA